AUGGCGGAUGGGGCUAUUGUGGUAGCCAUUUGCCAGUACGGCGGAGAGUUCACUUCUGGCACCAGUGGUAAUCUGAUAUACAGAGGUGGAGAAGCGCAUGCUGUUGAUGUUACUCGUGAUUCGUCGCUGGAGGGCUUCAAGGAUGAGCUGUGCAAGGUGUUCCAUGUUGAUGUCACUGACAUGUCACUCAAGAGCAUUGUAACACAUUCUGGAGCUACAUCUGGCUCUGUUGCUAGUGGCGACAAAAGGAAAAGACCAACUUCCAAAAACAAGGUAAUCAGAAGCAGCAAGCCAGCUACCAGCGCUCCUGGCGAUGCAGUUCAAGCUAUCACAGAUAAUUUGGAAUUUGGGAAUGACAUCGCAUUUACCACCACAGCUGGAGGCGCUUCCUUCACAUCAGAUAUUCUCGAUCAGCAAAAGCUUGCUCUUGUUGAUAAUAUCCCCAGGGAAGCAGUUAGUCUGUUUGAUGAUGCAUUCAAUCCAUAUGUUGGUUCUGAGAUCAUACAUGAGCCUCCUCAGGGACCUAACAAUCCUAUUGUGUUGUGGGAUGACAUUAUCAAAGGAGUUGGUCAAGAAUUUGAUAAUGUGAAAGAUUUCCGUGCUCAGUUGUGCAACUAUGCUAUUGGGAAAGGAUUUGUGUACCGGUUCAUAAAAAAUGAAACCACUCGCGUCACUGUAAAAUGUGCUGCAGAAGGAGGCUGCACCUGGCGGUUGCAUGCGUCUGAAUCAUCUCGUAACAAGAAAUUUGUUAUCAAGAGAAUGACAGAUGGACAUACUUGUGGUGGAGGAAGUGGAGAGGGUCAGCGUCGAGCAACAAGACAGUGGUUGACUACUAUCAUUAAGGAGAAGCUGCAUGAUAACCCAAAGUUUAAGCCAAAGGAACUUGUAAAGGAAUUAUUUGAAGAAUACGGAGUUACACUAACAUAUUCACAGGUUUGGCGAGGCAAGGAAGUAGCAGAGAAAGAGAUUUAUCAUGCUAUCAGGGAGACUCGCGAUCAGUUACCUUGGUAUUGUCAGAGGCUUGAGGAGACCAACCCAGGAAGUAUAAGUGUGCUGUCUCCGGAGGUGGAUAUGAAAUCCCGCCACUUUUUUGUUGCAUUCCAUGCUUGUUUGCAUGGUUUUGUAAAUGGGUGCAGGCCCCUCUUAUUUCUGGACAAGGUCCCACUGAAAGCAACGAAUGAGUACAAAUUGCUUGUGGCUGCUGCCAUUGAUGCAGAUGAUGGUGUCUUUCCGUUGGCAUUUAAUGUGGUUGAAGAUGAAAAUUAUGAUAGCUGGGUUUGGUUCUUAAUGCAUCUGAAAAUAGUUCUUCAAACCCACAACUACCCUUGCAAUGGCAUGGCAUUCUUGUCCAAUGGACAAAUGGGUCUGGAUGCUGCUGUUUCUCACGAAUUUGAAGGAGAGCUGAGGAAGGGACCUUGGUCACAACAAAUAAGGGAGGGGAUGGUUGAGGAUUUCACUCGUGCAGCCCAAGCGUGCAACAUCGAGGAUUUUAAUGCAUCCAUCGAGAGCAUAAGGAAUAUAUCCAGUGAAGCUGCUGACUGGAUCAUUGCGAGCAAGCCAGAGCAUUGGUCAGAUGCCAUUUUCCGAGGCUGCCGGUAUGAUCAUUUCUCCUUGAACAUUGCUGAUGCUUUCAAUAACUGGAUACCAACCAAGAAGGAGAGUUCCAUAGUGCUGAUGGUAGACUCACUGAGAGUGAAGAUUAAGGAAGUAAUAGAAUCAAGGCUUGAAGCUUGCAAGGCGUGGGAAGGGCCUUUAACACCUACUAUGGAAUACAAAGUGCAGGAUGAGAUGCUGAAGGCUGGCAAAAUGACUGUGCUGUGUUCCUCCGAGACUGUGUUUGAAGUGAGGGGCAAUGCAAUUUUUGUAGUUAAUCUUGGAAAUUGGGAAUGCACGUGCCGGCGGUGGCAGCUCUCUGGCCUCCCCUGCAUGCAUGCCAUUGCUGUGUUCAACAGGCUUGGGCGCUCUUUCUAUGACUACUGCCCAAAGUUUUUUAGAAUAGAAAGCUACCAUCUCACAUACUCAGGAAUAAUCUUCCCAAUACCUGACAUGGAUAGUGUUGAUUUUGGUGCCGGGGCGAAUCUACUCCCACUGCCUCCCAAGCAGCGCUCAUACUUAUAUUUGCUUGAGCUCCAGCUGUCAAUUAAUCUCAGAUUUGUACUGAAUGCCAUAGAGUGA